CCUGCGCUUUGACGUGACAAUUAACAGCAGCGCUGCAGAUGGUUUGCCUGCAGAACUUUUUCACAAACAAGGCGCUUUGAAGGAGCUUAGAUUGUUACUGUUAUGCAAACCGGAUGAAGUGGCGCUACCCACGCAAAUAUUCCACAGGCUAUACGCGCUGGAAGCGCUAUUAGUGCGCGUUGUACAAACCGAUCUCGAUGGCAUUACAAAUACGGUGCUGCGCAAUUUAACAGCUUUGCAUUUUCGUGAUAUGCCGAAUUUGCGCAAACUUAAUUUGGAUGGCAAUUAUAUGCAAACGUUGUCAGCUGAACUCUUUGUCACUUUACCCGAGUUAAACGAAUUGACUUUGUGCUUGAACCAUUUGGCGGCGCUGCCAAGCCGACUGCUGCGCGCGCAAAGUAAACUGAUAAAGCUUAGUCUAGCCGGCAAUAUGUUGCAGGCGCUACCGCCUGGUGUCUUCGAUACGACACCGCACUUAUGGGAACUUGACUUGAACGACAAUCAACUUUCAAAACCUACAAAUAUUAUUACAGCGAUCAAACCGCUGCGUUUUCUAUACCGGCUCAACUUGAGUUACAAUAACUUUUCGCGUAUUGAGGGCGCUGAUGAGUAUGCAAACCGCACACUACUCACGCGCCAGAAUAUUAGAAAAAUUAGUGACGCGCCGCCUUAUUUUCAACAAUAUUUAGCGCAGCUGUCGACCAAACAAUAUGCGCCGCCAUACAAUAUGACUGUAAUCAACCUGAGUCAUAAUCGUGUUGAAACAUUUCAUUUACAUAGCAUCAGCGCUGCUAUGUUGCAAUGUCCCUAUGAGCUCGAUUUCACCAAUAAUCAAAUAAAGCAUAUCUACGCGCUAAGUCAUCCAGAACAAAGUCACAGCGACUGUACGCGUAAGUUGCUAUUUCAGUUCAAUCCACUGCAGUGUGACUGUGCCUUAGCUUGGACCUACAGCAUGAAUUUCUCGAUGGCGACUAACUGGGAGUGUGUUAGGCGUGAUGGCAGCAAUUAUAUGUAUUUACAUGGGCAGCGCGCUAUGUGCGCCUGGACGCCGAAAUUUUGCCCUAGCGCUUGCAACUGCCGCUAUGACGCGCAAGCACUUCACAUCAACUGUACACACGCCUUGUUGAAUAGCUUGACACAGUUGCCACGCCCAGCGCAGGUUUCUUUGACGCAGAGCACGCUGGAUAUUACGCACAACCGCUUUUUUGAAUUGCCAUCGAAUUUGACUUUCGGUUACGCUAAUGUGACGCGCCUGUAUGCAGCACACAAUCGCCUAGAAAAUAUACAAAGCGCGCACCUGCCGCCGCAUUUGCAACUCUUGGAUGUGCGGAAUAAUCGUUUAGCGCGCUUAAGCAACAGUUUCAUUUUGCACUACCUCAAUGAAAGCGCCACUUUACAGCAGCUUUAUCUCUCCGAGAAUCCAUGGCUUUGCGACUGUGAGGUCGAGCAAUUGUUAAACGCUGUGCGCGCGCAUCGUAAGCGCAUACCCGAUGUGGCGCUUCUAGCUUGCGCGAAUUUGCAAAAUACCAGCUUGCUGCAAGCGCGCUACACAGAAGUUUGUGUGCCAGCAUCAGCGCGGCGUUUGCGGUUGUUGUGGUCACUUUUCGGCAUGUCGCUAGCAGCUAUUGUGUUAAUUAGUGUAUUAGCGCUUUACUAUAAAUAUAAUUUGGAGCUACAUGUGUGGCUAUACGCGCACGAUAUGUUUCUCUGUUGCAUACGCGAAUAUGACUUGGAUAAGGAAAAAACAUUCGAUGCAUUCAUAUCGUAUGCGCAUCAAGACGAGUCGUUUGUUAAUGACAUACUCUUGCCUGGUCUAGAGCAAGGUGAGCCACCAUUUCGCGUGUGUACGCAUGAACGCAAUUGGCUCGCCGGCGCUUACAUACCCGAACAAAUUAUUGAAUCCGUCGCUCAAUCGCGGCGCACAAUCAUUGUGCUCUCGCAGCAUUUUAUCGCAUCGGAUUGGGCGCGCAUGGAAUUUCGGACGGCGCAUCAGUGCGCUUUGAAUGAACGACGCGCGCGCUUAAUUAUCAUAAAGUAUGGCGAGCUUACCGAUCUCACGAUGAUUGAUAAGGAGUUGCGCGCCUAUUUAGAUAUGAACACAUAUUUGAAGUGGGAGGAGCAUCCAUGGUUUUGGCGUAAGCUGCGUUAUGCUAUGCCACAUCGCAAGGGUGAGCUGCGUGAUGGCGACAUGCUUGAGUUGAAUGAACGUCACAGAGUUUAUGUCAUUGGCGAUGUGGAGCUGAAUCGGCUGCGUGGCCACGAUGGAUAGCAUACUAUGUGGACGUUUGUACAGAUCAGUUUAGUAUAGUAUCUAUUUUGUGUUUCGAAAUUAAACAUAUAUAGUUGU